GGUCAGCUGUUCAUAUACUGUAUAAAUCAGCUGUUUGUGUUUUUCCUCCUCAUUAGUCACCAGCACUGCUGACACAGACAGGAUGGCACAGCAGGAAUGGACACGAAUCUUUCAGAUUAAAGCACAUGAUCUAAAACAAGAAGACUCCUGGCGUCUGGAUUUUGAUGAAGAUAUUGUACCUAACUUCCCGGACUCAGGCUGGCAGCAGUACAUCAGGAACACAAGUGCAAGGUUCAAAUGCAGCAAUUGCAGAAGAGAGUGGCCUUCCAACCGAGUGAUGGUGGUCUUCCACAUGCACCUGACAUAUGGACAGGGUGUUGUUAAGGUCAGGGCCUUCCGUCAGAAUUGCAAGAUGUGCUCCAACGCUCCAAUGGAGAAGCCCAGCAUCAUCUCUGAGAACAUCGACAUCCUCAUGGAGAAUCUGGUGAAGAAGAUAAGAAUAAAAUGCUACCAUGAAGACCUGGGAGAAGGACACAAGCCUUUUGUGAGCCUGGAAGUCAAAAGUCCGCAUGAGCCUGCUCAUUGUGAGGCCUGUAUUGCGGGCUUCUGUACCAGGAACUAAGCCUGUGUUGCUUUUACGCUAGCCUUUUUUUGUUAACUUAAAAGAAUAUUAAUAUUUAUCUCAGGUUUUAAUGCCUAUACUAGUACCCUGUACUAGAUUUACUUGCCUGUCAUUUUGUUUUAUUUUAUAUUUAUUUAAUAUAAGUGCACGUCAGCUUUCCUAUCAUUUUUUGUUGGCAGUCAGUUGACUUUCUGCUCCAGAGCAUUACACAAGUCGUUUACAAUCAGAAAUGUGAUGGAUAAAUAAAGCCCAUACAAACAAUAA